AAUUCACCCAAUUUCAUUUUCAACCACAAGUGAAACAGCGUUCAUUUCCGUAUUCAGAGAAACAGCGUUCUGAAUCUAAAUUUCUAGGGUUUGCGGAAUCAAUCGAGCAAUUCAGCAAUGGCGAUGAGGAGAUUCUACAGCGAGAUCAAGGGGAAGAAAGUUACCGAACUCCCCGAACACGUGAAACCAAUGCUUUCAUUCAAUUACAUCAAGAAUUCCAUCAAGAAAGGUUUGGAUAAUUACGGUGAAAAGUACAUCGAAACUGAUUCUCUCACACCUCUCUACCAUGUUCUUUAUGGUGGUAUGGCUUUCUCUUACCUUGUUGCUCUUCCCAAUGAGCGUCGUCAUCUCGCUCAUAAAGAGCACGCUGAAUCUCAUCACUGAUUCAGAUUCAGGAUCCUGGUUGUUGAUUGGAGAUGGUUUGUUUGCUCGAUCUUUUUGUUUUAAAAAUUGAAAAAUGAAGGCAGAAAUAUACUGCCAGCUUCAAUGUAUUCAUCGUGUAGACGAUAAAAUAAGAUAUAUUUGACACAACCUCAAAUUUCUUGUGCUUUAAAUUCUGUUGGAUAUGUGAAAAGGCAUACUUGUUCGCUUUGGUCCUUGUGAUUUGAUGAUUUCAUCUUGCAACUGCU